CAGCACUGGAGUGAAGCUGGGACUCUCAGCCCUCGCAGUACAGUAGUAUUUUUCCCCAGCUAAGAGGAUCGGAAAGAUUCCUCCCGUGGGCUUGCAUCAUGGAGGCAAGCAGUCAAUCCAGCAGUCAACAGAUUCUGUGGAAAGAUGUUGAGGCGGGAAAAGAGAAGAAGGCCAAGUAUCACACCUACCAGCGAGUGGCUCUGGUUCUGGCUCUGCUCUUCCUGGUUCUGGCUCUGUGUGUUUUCAGCCUGAGGUAUCUGUGGAGCCCCAGUCUCGGGAAGGUUUAUGACCACCAGUACAAAGCGGUGUUGGAUGGCGUGGAGAGAGACGGUCUACUGGAGAUUGACCCAGGUCAGCGAAUUGAGAUCUUCAGAAUGGGAAACGGCAGCGAGGAGGUACUUGAGGUGCACGACUUCAAAAAUGGAAUCACUGGGAUCCGGUUUGCCGAACAUCAGAGGUGCUACAUCAGGACCCAAACUAGGAAACUACCCACGGUGGCAGAGGUGGAGGCUGAGGACACAGAGGUGGAUGAGAUCGAGGCCGUGGAAAUGAAGGUGGAAGACUCCCAAGUGUGGGUUCCUGCCGAGGAGCCCAUUGUUAACCCGGCCUUCCUCUUCGACUCCAAGAUCUGGGAGAUUUGCCAGGAGCUGCCCAUCCACUGGAUCCAUCCCUCCCCUCUAAGCGAUGCCGAGGUGGGGAAUGAGGACGCGCCCGACGCAGAGGUCGCAGGUCAGCGUUUCGCCCGCGACGUCCUGGACCACCCGGCCGUAAACGACUAUAGAGACGUCGGGAUCGAGCUGGACAACCGUCUGGAUGACAACGGCUACUGCUGCCAGCACUGUCGCCGUGGUUACCGCUACUGCCGCCGCUACCACGAGCCCCUGGGUGGCUUCAACCCGUGGCCGUACUACUACCAAGGAGGCCGGGUCAUCUGUCAGAUUGUCAUGCCGUGCAACUGGUGGAUCGCCCGCAUGCUGGGGAGGAUCUGAGGAGGGUUUUUAUGUCGUCGGAAGGUGCAGAUUCCUCCUCUUGAUAAAUAUUCCAGAACACUUGUGAGACCAAAGCAGUCCAUUGCACACAAUUAUUAUCCAAUCUGAAAGUUGGCCCACUGAGUAUUAGUCAGUUUAGACAGUCUAAAUGGCAUCUGAAGCGUUCUUAAAAGGCAUUGCUCGUUUACAGCUGUCUCAUUUUCUUUGCUUAUCUACCUAUUUAGUAUCCUCGCUGUUGGAUUCUGUUGAAAAGGUGCAAUUAAUUUGGAAGAUGUCACCAGAAAUCAAUCUAAAAAAAAGGAAAUGUCUGUCCUGACUUUGUCAGGCAUUCAUGUUUUACUUUAUAGUUUAAAAAGAUUUGUUCUACGAAUACUGUAAUGCAUGAAAAUGUGCAUACAGUAGACCCAUAUAUGCAAGUGGUGCUAUCACAUUAUCCAUUUAAUUAAAUAUAUAUGUUUCUACUCA